UCCAUCCAGAGUAUAGCUUUCUUGUUCUUUUUGUGGAUGCGAGGGAGGGAGGGAGAUGGUGCGCCUACACGCUCGCCUCGCCCACCCGGGCGCACAGUUCUUGUUCUUGAUCUCCCAGGCGCCGGGGCAGAUGGAUGGCGCCAUAGAUGCGCGCCGCGUCGAGAUCGGCGGAAAAGAUUUCGCUCGCGUUCUCGCCAUUUUCGGCGCCGCGCACCGCAAAUCCUUCGUCUUGGAGCUGGAAUCGCCCCCGAGGCUUUGAGUAAUCUGGCCAGCUUAGAAUCCAUUCUUGAAAGGAACGCGAUGUUCAUCAUGCGAGUGGGGACUAGGCUAUCACUCUGGGAGACCGGGCGGCGUGGUUGCAAUGGAAGUUGAAAGAAGGUAAUGUUUAAGCUAUUCUUUUCUUUUUUUCUCCCCCGCGGACUAUAUCGUAUUCUAUCAUCUUUUCUCAAAAUGUCAACUUCCGAGCUAGAAAGAGACCUUUGAAUUGCUGCAAACCAGCUGUGUCGAAGGCGAUCACCAAUCGAGCGUUACGCGAGAAGAUUUUAAUGUUUUGAGGCAUGGGCGACAAGAUUGAAGCGGGGUUGACUAAAUUCGAGUAAGAAACUCUUGGAGGAUUUGAGGCCGCGCGCAUGACACUGGGUGUAGUGAGCUAUAUCUGGGAGAAGUAAAAUUAAUCCUCGGAGGACCUUGGCCUGGGGAAUGUUCGCAAAGAAAUGGUCACAGUGCUCGAAGGAUGGCAUGAUUUGUAAUGCUGGAUGUGUGAAUAUGUUUAAACAAGCCAUGGUACCAUUUCCAUGCACGCUUGGAUUGGACCUAGUUAAACUA